AUGCGGACAUUCCCUUCUUCUCAAUCUCCGGAUCUUGUUCCCGACCGAGGUAUAUUUGUUUCCCGACCGAGAAUACUGGCAGCGAGCUCUGAGAGACAUUCCCUGAUCUACAUUUACACGAUGCUGUCCGCAGACCUAGACGUUCCGGGUAUUCACAAGUUUACAGCAAGCGGUCUACUGGACGGUAAACAAUUUGACCGUUUUGACAGCGAAACCCCCAAGAAAAUUCCCACGACAACAUGGGCUAGACGACACUUAAACGCCGCGUACUGGGAGAAGGGCACGAAAAGUCGACUCGGCAAGCAGCAAUGGUUCGAGCUCAACCUACCCAUCGCAAUGGAAGCGAUGGGACACGGGGAGUCCGACGGGAAUGUGCAUGUUCUACAGUGGACACACGGAUGUUAUGGGGAAAAGAACCCCUCCGAGGAUGAUCUGCGGUAUGUCCGCGGGGUGGAUAAGUACGCUUACGACGGUGAAGAUUUCAUGUAUUUCGAUCAUGUCACGCUGCAGUGGAUAGCUGCGGUCGAAGCGACGAAACCCGCCGCGACCAAAUGGAACGAUGUGACCGUGUUAAUGGAGUACACCAAAGGCUAUCUGGGCAACGAGUGCGUCGACUGGUUGACUAUGUAUGUCAGGGCACGGGUGGAUACGGUGAACAUCCCUGAUGUGUACUUGUUUACACGGGAGACAAGCGGACCUACUCUGACAUUGACUUGCAUGGCAUCUGGUUUCAACUUCAACACGGCUGUUAUGAAGCUGAUGAAAAACGGCCGAGUUCUCGACGCGGACGACGGUCUGCAAGUGUCCGACACGCUCCCAAACAACGACUACACCUAUCAAAAACGGAUCGCUGUGGACAUCUUACCAUCUGACACCGGGAACUUCACCUGCGAAGUGUCUGAGGAACAAACUACAUAUCUCCUUGUCAAACACUGGCGGCAAACCGGGGAUCGUAGCGCACCUGGCCUAGGGAAUUCCGGUUUGCUCUACGCCUUAAUCUCAGCAAUGGUGUGUUUGUGUACUGUAGCUUUGUGUGUGACGGUGUGUAUCGUACGAAAACGGAGGAGUAGACAAGUUGUAAACCAAACCGAGAUUGUUGCCUACAACAGCACGGGCUACAAGGGACAUUCGGAGUGUGACACAUAG